AUGAAAUCCAGUUAUACUGCUAUUCUGAUAUGUGACAGUCAAGGAUCUUCAAUGCACCACUCCUUCGAUGAUCGUCCAUCAGCAUCCAGUGAAGAUUUAUUUGCCAGUUGUAAUGAUAUCGAUAAUGCGGUAAGUGACUUUUUCAGCUUCGAAUUAACGAACUAUCAAUAA